GUCGUGUACCAUAACAUAACCUCGUUUCCAUUUUAAAAUCAGAUUGAAACAAUGUCUGAAGUUGAAGAAACAUCACCAGAAGCUGUAGAAGCAGCUGUUGAACAGGAUGUUGUGUCUGAAGAAGAUAAGCAAUAUUUGACGGACUAUCUUAAGGAAACUGAGCAACGAUUAGCUAUGAAAGAAGAAAUUCGAGCAGCAAACUUGAAUCCUAAUAGACCAUCAGACACAUAUUUUAGUAAAUUAGAUUCAACAUUAAAAAGAAACACAACAUUUGUAAAAAAAUUAAAAAAUUUUAGUAGUAUACAAUUAGAAACAGUUCUAAAAGAUAUGAUACAUUUAAAUUUAACAAAAUAUGUGAGUGAAGUUGCUACUGCUUUAGUGGAUGCCAAAUUGAAAAUGACAGAUGUUGCACCUGCCAUAAAAAUAUGCAGUUUCCUGCAUCAAACAUAUGCAGAAUUUUCAACACAUUUCUUUGAAAAUUGGCAAAGAAUUUUGUCUUUAAAGGUUGUGGAUAAAAUUACCAAUCCAAGUAAACUAAGAGUGGAUCUUAGAUUUUAUGCUGAAUUAGUUAAUGCAGGCAUUUUCACACAUAAACAAGGACUGCCUUUGCUUGGUUCAGCAUUGACAGUUUUAAUUAAUAUGGAUAAAGAAGAACAUAAUAAUGCAAGCAUUAUAUUAAGUUUCUGCAAACACUGUGGUGAAGAUUAUGCAGGUCUUGUGCCCAAACGAGUAAGGGAAAUAUCAGAAAAAUUGAAUGUACCAAUACCUAAAAGUAAAUUACUUUCACCCGAUAAACAGCAAAAUGUUAGAUUAUUGCUAAGAGAGUAUUACAAUUCAUUAUGCAAGCACUUAUUGAAAGAACACAAAGAUCUUCAAGCUUUUGAAAAACAAAAUCGAAAGAUCUUACAAACUAGAGGUGAACUAAGUUCUGAAAGAAAAGACAAACUUGAGAGUCUUCAAGUAUCUUAUGAACGCUUGCUCAAUAAUGUGCAAAGCUUUUCAGAUACUUUAGACGAACCUAUGCCAGAACUUCCUGUUGACAGUGAAAUGAAAGCAGAAGCAGAAGAAACAUUGAAAAUGAUUAGUGAAGGGGAAGAGAAUAGCAUCCUUGAAGACAUGUGGGGAGAUGAAGAAACCAGACGAUUUUAUGAAGUUUUGACAGAUCUAACAGUAUUCCUUCCAGGAUCGCAUUUUAAAGAACUACCUAAACAAGAUGUACCAAUAAGUGAAGAAGCUUUGGAUGAAGAAAUCACAUUUGAUGAAUUGGAAGAAACUGAAAAAGUAGAUGAACCAGAAGCAGAAGUUGAGGAACCUCAAGUUGCAAAUAUUAGUAAUAAAAUACUCUUGGAUGCAUUUGUAACUCAUUUGCCAAACUGUGUUAAUCGUGAAAUGAUCGACAGUGCUGCUGUUCACUUCUUAAUGAGUCUCAAUACAAAACAUAACAAAAAAAAGUUAGUGAAAGCAUUAUUUGGUGUGUCUAGAAUUCGCCUAGAUUUACUACCAUUUUAUUCACGUCUGGCUGCUAUUCUUUACCGUGUUAUGCCAGAUGUUGGUAACGACUUGUGUUUAAUGUUGAAGCAUGAUUUUAAGUAUCAUGUACGAAAAAAAGAUCAAAUUAAUAUUGAAUCAAAAGUAAAAGUUGUGAGGUAUAUUGGUGAACUUGUUAAAUUUAAACUUUAUUCAAAGAUAGAGGCAUUAUAUUGCUUAAAAGUUUUGCUACAUGACUUCACUCAUCAUCAUAUUGAAAUGGCAUGUAACUUAUUAGAAACAUGUGGGAGAUACUUGUUUUGUUCUCCAGACUCACACCAAAGAACAAAAGUAUAUUUGGAACAAAUGAUGCGUAAGAAAGCAGUCACUGCAUUAGACUCACGUUAUGUAACCAUAAUUGAAAAUGCAUAUUAUUUUGUAAAUCCACCAGAAUCUACUGGAGGUAUUUCGAAAAAGGACAGACCACCGAUUCAUGAAUUUAUAAGAAAAUUAUUAUAUCAAGAUCUUUCAAAAACUAAUACUGAUAAAGUUCUUAAGUGGAUGCGUAAAUUAGACUGGGAAGAUGAAAAUGUAUCCUCUUAUGCUAUUAAAUGUCUCACUGCCGCUUAUAAUGUUAAAUAUUUAAAUAUUCGAUGUGUAGGAAGUUUAUUAGCUGGACUUGUUGCGCAUUAUGAAACUAUAGGUCCUCAUGUAGUUGAUGGUGUGUUAGAAGAUAUAAGAUUAUGUAUGGAAAUCAAUCUACCAAAAUUUAAUCAACGUCGCAUUGCUAUGGUUAAAUAUCUUGGUGAAUUGUAUAAUUAUCGUAUGAUGGAAAGUGGAGAUAUUUUCCGUACUUUGUAUUUGCUAAUUACUUUUGGAGUCAGCAUGGAUCAUAAUAUACCAAGCGUUCUGGAUCCCCCAGACCACUUGUUCAGAAUUCGAUUAGUCUGUACAUUACUAGAAACCUGUGGACAGUAUUUUAAUGGUGGUUCUAGCAAGAAGAAACUUGAUUAUUUUCUAGUAUUCUUUCAAAAUUAUUACUGGUUUAAAUACACAGAUCCUAUUUGGGGUCCUGAUAAUACUUUUCCUGUAGGUAUAGAUUAUAUGUAUCGUGAUACACUAACAAUGUUGAGGCCUAAAAUGCAAUUAUUUCAAAGUUAUAAAGAAGCACAAUCUGCUGUGGAAGAAUUACGAAAUACAUUGUAUCCUACUCUUGGAAAUCCUACUGCAGAAGACGGUGCUGAUGCAGAAUCUGAUAUGGGUGUAAUUGCUGAGGGAGAUGAAGAAGUGACUAUAACAUCUGGAAAUGGCAGUGGAGAUGCAAAGGGUGUAGCUGAUUUACAUUUUGAGGAAUCUGAAGAUUGUUCUGAAGCACAGUCAGAGGAAGAAUGGACAGCUGAUGGAGAAAGAGAUGAUACUAUGGGUACUCAAGAAAAUACGCAAGGAGAUCAAAGUCUUUCAGGAGGUGGCACAGAUGGUGUUCUUAUGGAUGUCACAGAAUUAAAUGCAGCGUUACCUGCCGGUCCCAGAAGAGUGAGUUGUCCUGAAGAUGACGACUUUUUAUCCGCUCUUGAUAAAAUGGUUUCAGAUAAUAUACAAGACAGAAUGCGAGAUUCCGUAAAAACACAACAAGUAGACAUUUCAGUUCCUUUACAUGUAAAAACUACUAAGAAAACGUAUGAACAAUUACAAGAAAGACCGUCUGACAAUAAUACGGUUGAUUUUGUUCUUAUGCUAAGGAAAGGUAAUAAACAACAAUACAAAAAUUUAGCGGUUCCUGUGUCAUCAGAAUUAGCAAUGAAUCUUCGAAAUCGAGAACAAGAACAAAAAGAAGAAAAAGAACGAGUUAAAAGAUUAACGUUGAACAUAACAGAAAGACAAGAGGAGGAAGAUUAUCAGGAAACAAUUAACCAGAGUACAAGACCAGUGACAGUAAAUUUAAAUAGGGAACGACGACAAAAAUACAAUCAUCCAAAAGGCGCACCGGAUGCGGAUCUCAUUUUUGGUCCCAAAAAGAUUCGAUAAAUUCCUUUGAUUAGUGUUGAAACAAUUUUUGUCAUACUAUAAAAUCAAAAGUGAUUUUAUACAAUUCUAUGAACUACAAUCGUCUUCGUACAUUUCUAUAUAAUUUUUAACAAUUUAGUGUUUUUAUUUAUAAUUUUGGAACCCACAUUUGUUAUUUAUACAAA